UGUUGUUUUAUAUGGCAACCAAGUGCUCAAUACUGGCAAGGAAUUUCCUAACCAUGUCCUAGCUAGAAUUCAGACAAAUUCAGAUACUUAUGAAUCCGGAUGAUGAUACGUUAAGUCAUCAUUAAUAAGAAUAUUUAAAGGUAUGCUAGCAUCUAAACCUUUUUUUUAUUUUUUAUUGUAUGGUGUUAGCCUAGCCACGUUUACAUGCAUGAGAACUAUCUAUCCGCUUUGUUAAAGCAGACCUAUCCUAUUGCAGAUGUGUGUGCCUUCGCACAGUGGGAUCACAGGGUAAAUGAAAGCAGAUCUUAUACCUCGUAGUGGCUGAUCUGACUAGCAGUAAGACCCUGCAGGCUGCUGCAAUGUCUUGAACAGAACAGUGCGGGCUCUGCAUAUACUAGAAGGGAAGGAAGUCAUUAGUGUAGAGGAGUACAUUUUGUUGCUGUUGCAGGAUUUCCUUCCAGCAUUUCCCAAGUAAAAUUCUGUGUUUUUUCGGUGGAUCUGUUUUAUUUUUGUUUCUGUUUUGCAAUGUAUUAAGCCGUGUGAAUUGUUCACGCAGAACCUUUUCCUGAAACAUUUUUACGAAUCGAAGACCUCGGCGGAGUGCGAUUUUUCGUCUUUUUUUUCUUCUUCUUCCUCUUAUGGAACUGUAUCCUGGAAUGUACUUUUUUUGGGGGAAAGAUGCAAGGGGAUAGCUGGCAACCUUCGCCUGUAACUGCAAAGCACUCAGAGGAUAGGGAAUUUUAAAGAGAGGUAUUUGCAACAUGACCAAAUCAGAUCUCCGCUGUGCAGCGUGAGAGUACAGGACACUUCCAGAUCUUGGAUUGCAGAUGUGAGCAUUUAUGACAAAAGAGAAGUGACUAAAUCCGGGUUUUCGAGAAAGAAAAAAAAGAUAUUUUCCGAUACAUUUUUUUCUGCUCAAUUUUCCAUAACACCAUGAAGCAUUGGAUUUUCCAACUCGCUCUGAAUUCUUCUACUCCAGAUCACUGAUUCUGCUGACACUCUUUUUAAUUAUUAUUGUUUUAAUAUUUUAGUUCUAUUUUUUUUUUCUUUCUUUCCACCCUUCGGAUUUGGAUAAACUUAACUGGAACCGAAAUCUCUUUUCCUGCACUUUUGUUUUGUGAUAAUGUUCCGAAAAAGUAAAUAUGCAACAUAUUUAAAGGGGCAGGAAGCAUGACUAUCAGCAGCUGUAAAAUUCCCACAUUUACAAGUAUCUUUCACGUCUCUUGAUGCUCACCCUUUUUACGUCCAAAUAUGAUGAAAUGGCAGCCCAGGAAGAAGGCAUACUUCAGACAGGGCGUUGCCCUUCAAUAUCUUGGUCGUCAUGCGGAUGCCCUGGCUGCAUUUGCGUCUGGGUUGGCGCAGGAUCCCAAGAGUUUACAACUAUUGCUUGGAAUGGUGGAGGCUGCAAUGAAAUCCCCAAUGAGAGAAUCUCUGGAACCUACAUAUCAGCAACUUCAGAAGAUGAAACUGGACAAGAGCCCCUUUGUGGUGGUAUCAGUGAUUGGUCAAGAACUUCUUACGGCAGGACAUCACGGUGCUUCGGUGGUUGUAUUAGAAGCUGCGCUGAAAAUUGGAACUUGCAGUCUAAAAUUGAGGGGCUCAGUAUUCUCUGCUCUGAGCAGUGCCUAUUGGUCUCUCGGGAACACAGAAAAAAGUACGGGAUAUAUGCAACAAGACUUGGACGUAGCAAAGACUCUAGGUGACCAGACGGGAGAAUGCCGAGCCUAUGGGAAUCUGGGAUCUGCAUUCUUUUCCAAAGGAAACUUCCGGGAGGCACUUACUAACCACAGACAUCAGCUAGUUCUUGCCAUGAAACUGAAGGAGAGAGAGGCGGCAUCAUCUGCCUUAAGCAGCUUGGGUCAUGUCUACACUGCAAUUGGCGAUUACCCUAAUGCACUGGCUAGCCACAAGCAAUGUGUUCUCCUGGCUAAACAAUCCAAAGAUGAACUGUCUGAAGCACGAGAACUGGGGAACAUGGGAGCUGUCUACAUUGCAAUGGGGGACUUUGAAAAUGCAGUUCAUUGCCAUGAACAACACUUAAAGAUUGCGAAGGAACUUGGGAACAAGAGAGAAGAGGCCCGGGCAUAUAGUAACCUUGGCAGUGCCUUUCACUACAGGAGAAAUUUUGACAAGGCAAUGUCCUACCACAACCAUGUUCUGGAACUUGCACAGGAGUUAUCUGAAAAGUCCAUAGAGAUGCGUGCCUACGCUGGCUUGGGUCAUGCUGCGCGCUGUAUGCAGGAUUUGGAGAGAGCUAAACAAUAUCAUGAGCAACAACUGUCUAUUGCUGAAAGUCUAAAAGACCGUGCGGCAGAGGGUAGAGCUUCUUCCAACUUAGGAAUAAUUCAUCAGAUGAAAGGAGACUUUGAAACUGCACUGAAAUUACAUAAAACUCACCUUUCAAUCGCCCAGGAAUUAAAUGACUAUGCUGCCCAGGGAAGGGCAUAUGGCAACAUGGGGAAUGCUUACAAUGCCCUUGGGAUGUAUGACCAAGCUGUUAAGUAUCAUCGUCAAGAGCUUCAGAUAUCAAUGGAGGUCAAUGACAGAGCUUCACAAGCAUCCACUCAUGGGAAUCUGGCAGUGGCAUAUCAGGCUUUAGGUGCUCAUGACAGAGCUUUACAACACUACCAAAACCAUCUGAACAUUGCCCGGGAGCUAAGAGAUAUUCAAAGUGAAGCUCGAGCACUAGGAAAUCUUGGCAACUUUCAUUGUUCACGGGGUGAAUACAUGCAGGCUGUACCCUUCUAUGAACAGUACUUGAGACUAUCGCCAGAGUUACAGGAUAUGGAGGGAGAAGGAAAGGUUUGCCACAACCUUGGUUAUGCCCACUAUUGUCUAGGGAAUUACCAGGAAGCUGUUAAAUACUAUGAACAAGAUCUGGCCUUAGCAAAAGAUCUCCAUGACAAGCUAAGCCAAGCCAAGGCGUAUUGCAACUUGGGCCUCGCUUUUAAGUCACUGAUGAACUAUAAUAAAGCAGAGGAGUGCCAGAAAUACCUUUUGUCUUUGGCACAAUCUCUGAAUAAUUCCCAGGCAAAGUUCAGAGCUCUUGGGAACCUAGGUGAUAUUUUUGUUGCUAAGAAAGAUAUAAAUGGUGCAAUAAAAUUUUAUGAACAGCAGUUGAGCUUGGCCCAUCAAGUGAAAGACAGACGGCUGGAGGCUAGCGCCUUUGCUGCUUUAGGCAGUGCUUACAGAAUGAUACAGAAGUAUGACAAGGCACUGGGAUAUCACACACAAGAACUUGAGGUCUUUCAGGAAUUAAAUGAGUUACUUGGAGAAUGUAGGGCUCACGGUCACCUUGCUGCAGUGUAUAUGUCCUUAGAGAAGUAUACUAUGGCCUUCAAGUGCUAUGAGGAACAGCUUGAACUUGGGCAAAAGCUAAAGGAUCCUGCAAUUGAAGCUCAGGUAUAUGGAAAUAUGGGCAUCACCAAGAUGAAUAUGAACGUGAUGGAGGAGGCCAUUGGCUAUUUUGAGCAGCAGUUAGCAAUGUUACAGCAAUUGAGUGGAAAUGACUCCAUACUAGACAGAGGCCGAGCAUAUGGGAAUCUGGGCGAUUGUUAUGAUGCACUUGGAGACUAUGAAGAAGCAAUAAAAUAUUAUGAAAAGUAUUUAUCUGUAGCUCAAAGCUUAAACCGCCUCCAAGAUCAAUCCAAAGCAUACAGAGGACUUGGAAAUGGACACAGGUCCAUGGGGAGUUUACAGCAGUCACUCGUAUGCUUUGAAAAGAGACUUGUGGUUGCUCAUGAACUUGGGGAAACAUCAAACAAAGCCCAGGCCUAUGGUGAACUGGGUAACUUGCACAGUCAGCUAGGAAAUUAUGAGCAAGCAAUAUCCUGUCUAGAACGUCAAUUAAAUAUUGCCAGAGAAAUGAAAGACCAGAUACUGGAAAGUGAUGCUGCCUGUGGUCUGGGUGGGGUGUAUCAGCAGAUGGGAGAAUUUGAUACAGCAUUACAGUACCAUCAGCUGGACUUACAGAUAGCAGAAGAAACCAACAAUCCAUCUUGCCAAGCUCGGGCUUACGGAAAUCUGGGACUGACCUAUGAAUCGCUGGGUAACUUUGAGAGAGCUGUGGUUUAUCAAGAACAGCACCUUAGCAUUGCAGCAGAAAUGAAUGACUUGGUAGCAAAAACAUUAGCUUACAGUAGCUUAGGAAGGACUCAUCACGCAUUACAGAACUAUUCUCAAGCCGUAAUGUACUUACAAGAAGGCUUGAGGUUAGCAGAACAGCUGGCCCGCAGAGAGGAUGAAGCAAAAAUUAGACAUCGCCUUGGACUUUCGCUUUGGGCAAGUGGGAACUUGGAAGAAGCUCAACACCAGCUUUACAGAGCUUCAGCGUUAUUUGAAACAAUCCGACGGGAGGCGCAGCUCAACACCGAUUACAAGCUCUCCCUCUUUGAUCUGCAGACGUCAUCAUACCAGGCUCUGCAGCGGGUGCUCAUCAGUCUCGGACAUCAUGAUGAGGCCUUAGCUGUUGCGGAGCGAGGAAGAACACGAGCUUUUGCAGAUUUGCUUGUUGAACGGCAAACUGGACAACAAGAAUCGGAUCCAUAUACACCUGUAACAAUAGAUCAAAUCCUGGAGACUGUAAAUAGCCAAAGAGGCCUGGUGCUCUACUAUUCAUUGGCUGCAGGCUAUCUUUACAGCUGGUUGCUUGCUCCUGGAUCUGGAAUCCUAAAGUUUCAUGAAUACUAUUUGGGAGACACAACCUUAGAAAACACCAGUGAUUUCACUGAAUCCGGAAGUUUGAGUUUUCAGGGCUUGAACAGUUCAGUUCUGGAGCAGCACAUUGCAAAUGUCCGGGAAAGCCUUGGAGUUGACUCUUACUAUACAAGGACUUGUGCAAGCAGCGAAACCGAAAGCGAGGCUGGAGAUUAUAUGGACCAGCAAUAUGAGGAUCUAAACAAUAAAAUAAAUUCUGUAACCGACCCAACAGGAUUCCUAAGGAUGGUUAACAGAAACAACACCUUCAACAGAAGUUGCCAAAGCAUGACCAGCCUAUUCAGCAAUACCAUGUCUCCUGUGAAGGAAAAUACCUCUUCUCUUCCCCGAAAACAGGCCUGUAAUAGUAAGCCACCUCUCCGAGCACUCUACGACUUGCUUCUGGCACCAAUGGAAGGGGGACUUAUGCAUUCCAGCGGACCUGUGGGGAGACACCGCCAGCUGGUCCUGGUACUAGAGGGGGAGCUGUACCUUAUUCCAUUUGCUCUCUUAAAAGGCAGCUCAUCUAAUGAGUAUCUUUAUGAACGCUUCAGUCUUAUUGCUGUCCCCUCCAUCCGAUCGCUGAACAUAAACUCCAAGUCUCACUUGCGAAAAAAUGCUCCCAUAUACUCAAGUUCUACCUCGAUGGCAGCUGUCAUAGGAAACCCUAAACUUCCUCCGUCAGUGAUGGAUAGAUGGCUGUGGGGUCCAAUGCCCUCAGCAGAAGAAGAAGCCUACAUGGUGGCUGAAUUGUUGGGAUGUCAACCUCUAGUUGGCAGUUUAGCUACCAAGGACAAAGUUAUGAGUGCACUCACACAAGCUGAAUGCGUCCACUUUGCCACCCACAUCUCAUGGAAACUUGCAGCUCUGAUACUAACCCCUAACAGUGAGAACAACUCUGGAACAAACAAAAGCACCUUUGGCAACACCUAUACUAUUCCGGAGUCUUUACAAAUGCAGGACGAUGCCAGUGAUGUAGAGAGCAUAUCAGACUGUCCACCUCUCCAAGAAUUCCUGUUGACAGCGGCAGAUGUCCUGGAUCUUCGGCUCCCUGUUAAAUUAGUAGUUCUUGGAUCUUACCAGGAAUCCAGCAACAAAGUUACGGCAGAUGGAGUUAUUGGCUUAACACGAGCCUUCCUGGCCGCUGGGGCCCAAUGUGUCCUUGUAUCUCUCUGGCCUGUUCCGGUUGCAGCUUCAAAAAUGUUUGUUCAUGCUUUUUACUCGUCACUUUUAAAUGGAAUGAAGGCAAGUGCUUCCCUCUCCGAGGCAAUGAAAACAGUGCAGAGCAGCCAGCAAUACUCCCAUCCAUCAAACUGGGCAGGGUUCAUGCUUAUAGGGAGUGAUGUGAAGCUGAACAGUACAUCAUCAUUGAUUGGUCAAGCCCUAUCGGAGAUCCUCCAGAACCCAGAACGGGCAAGAGAUGCUCUAAGGGUUUUAUUACAUCUGGUUGAAAAGUCUUUGCAGAGGAUACAGAAUGGACAGCGUAAUUCCAUGUACACGUCACAGCAGAGUGUGGAAAAUAAAGUGGGGGGAAUACCAGGCUGGCAGUCACUGUUAACAGCUGUAGGAUUUCGACUUGACCCACCAGCCAGUGGCCUACCUGCAGCUGUCUUUUUUCCGACAUCUGAUCCUGGGGAUCGUCUUCAGCAGUGCAGCACAACCAUACAGUCCCUCUUAGGUUUGCCGCACGCUGCACUUCAGGCUCUAUGUAAACUUAUCACUGCUUCAGAAACUGGAGAACAGCUGAUAAAUCGGGCUGUUAAAAAUAUGGUUGGAAUGCUGCAUCAGGUCCUUGUCCAGCUGCAGACAGACAAAGAACACGAUUUCUCAUCAGUUCCUAUCCAGGUUUCUAUCAGUGUUCAUCUUUGGAGAUUGCCCGGGUGCCAUGAAUUUUUAGCUGCUUUAGGCUUUGACCUGUGUGAAGUAGGACAAGAAGAAGUCAUACUGAAAACUGGCAAACAGGCAAAUAAAAGGACAAUGCAAUUUGCUUUACAGUCUCUCUUAGCUCUCUUUGAUUCCACUGAGCUUCCAAAACGCCUUAGUCUCGAUAGUUCCUCAUCACUUGAGUCCUUGGCAUCUGCACAGUCUGUUUCUAACCCAAUCCCUCCAGGAUAUCUGGGCCAUCCGUUCUCUCCAACAUGUCCAGAUAGUAUGGCUUCAGAUGCUAUCUCUGUGUACAGUCUAAGUUCAAUCGCAUCAUCAAUGAGUUUUGUCUCUAGGCCAGACUGUUUAGUAGAGGGUGAACACAAGAUGCGUCAGGACCACGACAGACCAAAAAAUAUUUAUUCUCUCAGAAGUUCUACGAGAGGCCAGUCUUCCCCACAGACCCAGAUGUCAUUAAGCAAAGAGGAACAAGAAGAGUAUGAUGGGUUUUCUAUAAUAAGUAAUGAACCUCUUUUGUCAUACACAGAAAACCUAGAUCCUAGCCUCAGAAAGGAUAACGUUCAGGAAACAAUCAAAGUGUCUGUAAACUCUAAAGGCAGUAUAAGCACACCAAGUUCACCUGUUAAGCUUGCUUUGAUUCCAAGUCCGAAUUCACCUUUCCAAAAAGUUGGAAAACUUGUGAGCUCUGAUACUGGGGAAUCAGACCAGUCUAGCACUGAAACAGACAGUACAGUGAAGUCUCAAGAGGAAAGUAACCCUAAACUUAAUCCUGAGGAGCUUGCACAAAAGAUCUUGGAGGAGACACAAAGUCAUUUAAUUGCAGUUGAACGACUUCAAAGAAGUGGUAGCUUGAACAGGGUGAAUCAUUCACCUGAUGGGGCUUCAACCCCAAAUGGCAGCUCUAUGUUCAGGUCAUCAGAAACAAGUGCUUUUAGCAGACCUGCUCAGAAAGGGAUGCCUUCUCCAGUUACUGUGAAACCAAAGCCUCCAACAAGAAGCUCUUCUCUACAAAAGGUGAGCUCAGGAUACAAUAGUCCAGCAAAUUCGGAUUCAUCCCUAAAGGAAGGUGCAAGUCUUCACAGUAACCAACCUUCUCCAAGUUCAGAUUCACCUUUCAAACUGAAAUACCCUAGCUCUCCUUACAGCUCCCAUAUCUCAAGAUCUCCUCGAAACAUAUCUCCAAGCUCAGGUCACCAGUCUCCAGCAGGAAGUACCUCAUCUCCAGCCCUUUCAUACUCCUCUGCUGGAUCUGCUCGAUCCAGCCCCGCUGAUGCACCUGAUCUAGAUAAAUUAAAACUUGCUGCCAUUGAUGAGAAAGUGAAGGCCAUCCACAAUCUCAAGAUGUUCUGGUCAACAAACCCUCAGCAUAUGUCAGGUCCUAUCAAAAUAUUGCGUGGAGCGCCUGGAACAAUGACUUCAAAGAAGGAUGUUCUUAGUUUAUUAAACUUGUCUCCACGACAUAACAAGAAGGAAGAGGCUGUGGACAAUCUUGAACUUAAAGAAAUUUCUGCUCAGAAAAAGCAUGUGGAAGCCACACAGCAAAAUCCUCAAAAUGGACAUAAACACACAGAACACAUAAAUGUAGCAAACAUAACUCAGUCAGCAUCAUCCAUUAACAUGUCUGGUUCUAUACGAAAUUUAAAACUGUCAUCCGGAAAUGGGUACAAGUUCCUUUCACCCGGAAGGUUUUUUCCUUCUUCAAAGUGUUAAAAUGUCUUUUAUACA